CUUCUUCCCCAUUUUCCGCGCCUCUGUAAGAUCUACAAAAACCCUAGAAAGCGCCAAACCACCGUUUCGGUGGUGAGGAAAGGAGACUUCCGAACAGGCAACAGCCGGAGAAACACCGGAGCUAGCCAGAUCAAAAGCAAUCCUUCGUCUCUCACCUCUCGGCGCCGUCAAUCCAAAUCUCAGAUCAGGUGAUGGCGUCUGCGGUGCAGGAAGCUUCAGCUGCAAUUCAACCCCAUACUCCUGAUAUGGUUGGGAACGCUUUUGUCCAUCAAUACUACCAUAUCUUGCAUCAAUCGCCUGAGCAUGUUCACCGAUUUUACCAGGACAUUAGCAAACUUGGUCGUCCAGGAGAAAAUGGUGUAAUGGAUAUCACAACCACCAUGCAGGCUAUCAAUGAGAAGAUACUCUCCCUUGAUUAUGGAGACUUCAAGGCAGAGAUAACAACUGUGGAUGCACAAAACUCUCACAGUGGAGGAGUCAUUGUUCUUGUGACUGGUUUUCUGACUGGAAAGGAUGAUUUGACACGGAAGUUUGCCCAGAGUUUCUUUCUGGCACCUCAAGACAAGGGCUACUUUGUUUUGAAUGAUGUAUUUAGAUAUGUUGAUGAUGUCAAAUAUCAAAAUGGAAACCAGGGUCCUGUUAAUGAUGUUGAAGCAUCUCUUACUCCUGAGAAGGAUGCUUCCCCUGCCAAGGAGAACCACAUUGCUGAGCAACAAGAUACUUCCACUGAGGAAGUCAACGGGGCUGAAGUUUACAAUCCUACUGGGAAUGAGGAUCGCUCUAUUACCAUUGAGGAAGAGCAGGAACCUGUAGCUGAGGUUGUUGAUGAAAAUCCUGAUGAUUUACAGAUUGUUGCUGAAUCUAACUCCAAAAUUGAAGAAGUGCCAAAGAAAUCAUAUGCAUCUAUCCUGAAGGUUACGAAGGAGAAUCCUGGAACUGCUUCAGGUCCCACUCAUUCUCCUGUAAAACCUGUGGUUAAAAGCCAAGAGCAACCUACAGCUGCUGCAGCCACUCCAGCACCUCCAGCACCACCAUCUGAUACACAGGUUUCAAGCACAAACAUUCAUGAAAAUGGAAACAAUCAAGAUGGAGAAGCUGAGGGUCCCUCCAUCUAUGUUAAAGGUCUGCCUGCAAAUGCCACAGAGAGUAUGCUGGAGAAUGAGUUUAAGAAGUUUGGAUCUAUCAAGAGUGGUGGUAUUCAAGUUAGAAGCCAAAAGGGAUUUUGUUUUGGUUUUGUGGAAUUCGAAGUGGCAAGUGCUGUGCAAAGUGCAAUAGCGGCUUCACCACUUAUCAUUGGUGGAAGGAAAGCAGUUGUUGAAGAGAAGCGAUCAACCCGAGUGAACAAUAGAGCUCGAUCUUCAGGUGGCUCUGGGGUGGGAUAUAGGAAUGAUGGGGCAAGAGGGCGUGGAAACUAUGGCGGUGGGAGGGGCUAUAACAGGGGUGAUUUUGGUAAUAGGGCUGAAUUUGGAAACCGAAAUGGCAGUCGGGGUGGAUUUCCAAAUCGCGGAGGUGAUGGAUAUCAGAGGGAUCGUGGAGGUGAUGGAUAUCAGAGGGGUGAUCAUGUAGGGAGCAAUGGUGGACGUGUAAACCGUGGUGGUGGAUUGGCUGUUAAUGGAGCAUCCAAGAAUGUGGCACCCAGGGUAUCUGCUCAUGCUUGAGGAAAUUGUUGAAGAUGGUUGGAUUGUGGUCAAGGGCAAAUUCUGUUUGUAGUGUAGGUUUAUCAAGUGAUCUCAUAGCAUUUAGAGUAAAGCAGUUAAAAUUUUUCACAAACCAGCAACCAAAAUAUUGUUUGGAGUUUUCAGUUGCCAUUUUGUCCCUUUUUCAUAUGCUCGGAAGUUUUGGGUCGAUAGCCGGUUCAGAUUUUGUUCGGUAUAUUACUAGGCCUAUGAGAUAUUCACUAGUUCCAUUUUGGGAUAUUAGUUUGCACAUUCGGCUUCUGCAUUUGUUGCUGCUAAGACAAUUUGUUCAUUUCCAAAAGCCAUUGGAAAUGUUUUGCCGAAGCACAUCCUUGUGAGCAGUUCAAGAAACUGAUUACCUUAGUUUGAAUGUUUGUUGUCCUGAAUUCUUUACCAUUGAUUCCAGAUUUGAAAGGGCUUUUGUAGUUUUCCCU